AUGUAGAGUGCAUAAAAACUUACAUAAUAAAAUUAAGAUGCUUUCUCUUAAUUCUUUGAUAAAUAUAUAUCGUCCUCCAGCAAACUAUAAACACACAGUGUCAGAGAGCUUGCCCAAAAACUGGCGAUUUAAUAUUUUAGUGGUUAGAUCCCUCCUAGAUUUUAAACAGAGAACAAUAUGAGAAAGAAAAAUAGAAAAAUAGUUUACAAAUAAAUUGAAACAGACGCAAUUGAGAAAGCCAAAGCGCAAUUUAAAGCCAAGAAAGAGAGAAAGGAAUCGCAAUUACGAAAGUUGCCUCCUGUUCCAAAAAAGCAGGAUACUCAAGAAAGAAGUUUAUCCAUGUAACCUCCUCUAAAAUGUUUAUCUGCUCAACCUAAAAGAUCUAUGCCAUCCACAUAUUUCUAUUACAUAGGAGAAGGGAAUAAUCAUGAGUUAAUUAAAAAGUUACUGGAUGAGAGAUAAAAUUGGGUCUAGGUGAAAGAUGCUAGUCUGAAAAACAUUAAUUUUAAAUGGCAAGAAACUGAAAAAGGAUACGAAUAUCGUACUUUGGCAGGAAAUUUAAAGGAUUCUAAGCCACAAAUGCUUAAUCAUUUUGAGUUUCAUGCUGAGAUUUCAAAUAAAUAUCACUUAGCAUUAAAUUUUAAGACAUUUUGUGAUGUAAGUUUAUUCAUCUAUUAUGAACAUAGAAAAGCUAACUAAACGUAUAAGAUUAUAUUCCAAUAAGUUUUGCCAUUGAAUGUACCAACUAAAAUUUAAAAGCUGGCCUAUUUAAUUUCUUAACCUUUUAUAGAUCUUAUUGUCCUUAACAUCAAUUAUAAGAGUUAGAUAAGACAAUAAAGUCUUAUUAAUUUAAGUACGGGAGUCAAUUGGAAACUAAAGGUGAUUAAUACCCCACUCUAUUUGCUGGAGAGAAUCUCUGGAUCUUCAAACCAGCAAAUAUGAAUUAAGGACGAGGAAUCCAUGUUGUCAGAAACCUACAAGAAAUAAUCGAUAUUUAUAAUAGAUAUUAGAACGGGUACAAGGAGCAUCUGUUGGAAGUAAAGAGAAAUGAGAAUAAUGAAAUAGUAACUAAGAUUAUUUACAUAAAUACAUUGAUGACGGAGCAAUUUGUGAUUCAGAAAUACAUUGAGAAACCUUUAUUGAUUAAAGGAAGGAAGUUUGAUAUUCGAACUUAUGUGAUGAUAACAUCGAAUUUAGGAUUCUUCUUUUUUAGGUAUCUAUCUAAUUUACUAUUUAGAGAAGGGUAACUGAGAUUGGCUACUGAAACAUUCGAUGCCAAGUAACAAUCCAAUUAUGUCCAUUUGACUAACAAUGCUGUUCAGUAUUCACAUCCUUAGUAUGGCAAGACUGAAGAGGGCAACCAAUACAAUUUUGAUCAGGCUUCAUAAUACUUUAAGAUGGAUUUUCGAAAAGAAGUACCUAUUAAUAUUAUGGAAUAGGUGAUUCAAAAGUUGAAGUAGAUUUCUCUAUUGGCUUUUUAAAGUGUGAAGGGGAAGAUUAAUAAAUACAAACGGAAAAACUGUUUUGAGAUCUAUGGGAUGGAUUUCAUUUUAGAUGUGGAUUUCAAACCAUGGCUGAUUGAGGUGAAUACAAAUCCUAGUUUAGAAGUCACCAGUAAAUUGUUGGGGAGUCUGUUCCCAAGGUUGAUAGGUAACAGUUGAGUCUUAGAAGUAGAUGAUGCAUUUAAAUUGACAGUUGAUAGACUAUUCCAUCAAUAAAAAGCAGCCUCCAAGUAUCCAUUUCUUAAUUAUUCAAAUGAGGAGAAUCUGUGGGAAUAUGUUAAUUAACUUUGA